AUGCCCCGAGUCGGUCAGCGUGGCACAAUGCCGGUAACUGCAGAACAUGUUCGUUAUCAUAGAACAACGACUUUGUUGAUCACUCAAUUCCUUCAAUAUCAUAAACUGUCGUCGGAAACUGUAGAUGAUCAUAGUUUCAAAUCACUUUGCCGACAUCUGAACCCAUUGGUUCAAAUCCCGACCCCAGAGCUAGUAGAUAGUAUGCAUAUCGAAUUGGGACAUGAUCAAUUACUUCAUAAUCGCUUUCGGCCGUGUAUUUUAUGUGGGAUUGAGUCCACUAAGCACAAAACUAUCACGCUCAAUGAUGAAGUUGCUGCUAUAUUCUUGACAACGGCUGUAAUCAGUGACAAAAUAUCAAUAAAACAGGCGAAACAUGCUAUGUUGUGCAGCAAGCUGAACCUUUGCGAAGUUCAUGUUUCCCCAUUGAAAAAAGCUAUGUACGAAUGUAUAGGAGGUGACUCGUGUGCAGAUUUCGAUGACAUUCCAGACUACGCGUUUCUCGGUGGACUUGCUGUCUUCAUUAAACUGAUGACAAUUCGACAGAUAUUUGAUGAAGAACCAGUGAGAAAAAUUUCGGAAGUUCGCUAUCGAGAUUUACUGCGGUGUUGGAUGUCUCAGGAUUUGUCGAAAGUUCCACUGCAAACGGAUGUAAUGUAUAAUGCUCAUUCUAGAAGCCCGGCUCCUUCCAAACCAUCAACCAGCUUGAAACAAAGUGUUGCUGAUUUCUACGAAUCUCUACAAAAAACAGCUCCCAACACUGUUCCUGGUUCACUAAGUGUGCCUGAUGAAGAAGAUGUUCCCGGAUUGAAAAAAGUAAAAUUAGAAGAGCCCGACUUCAAUGAAGACGUCAGUUCUUCGGAGCCAUCGUCCUCAGUACCAACGCCUUCACUGAUUCCAUUGAACGUCGCAGUGUAUACAUUGAAAAAUGGAAAGAAAGUGGUAAAAGCGCCUGCCGGUCUGGCACCUGCAGCAGCCAUGCUCACCAAGAACACUGGGAGACUGGUAACAUAUCGAUUUGCGGCGAAAAAAUUUAUUGGAAAAGUUUCGGAACAGCCAACCACAAUCGAACUCACCACCAUCAUCUUACAAUUUAUCUAUACGGUUUCAUCAGAUCUCAACUAUCUUUUUCAAGUUUAA